AAAAUACAAAAAAUCUCUUUUAAAUCACAUUUUAAUAAUUAAUUGAAUUGUUUUGUGUUUUCAAUCGAUUCACGCAUUCAUUCAUUCAUUGAUUUUAUUAUACAAUUGUUUUUGAAUUAAAACAUAUAUUUUGUUAUUUGAGUCCCAAAUGUCUGAUCCUUUGGACGAAACAAAUGUCUUGAAAUUAUCCAAAAAUGAGGCUAAAGAACUGCUCCAGAAGUGGAGGGAAGAAAAUACGAGAAACUCGGAGUCCGUCAGAGAUAUUUGGCUCAACACUGACUUCGGAUCAAGUCUUGGAGACGAGAAAUGGCAAGUGUUAGAACAGGUGUGCAUUGCGGCCAUCGAUCUUCACGACAACGAACUCAUCAAAGAAUGUCUGCAACAGUUGGACACAAAGUUCCCGAAUAGCGGUCGCGUGAAGAGACUGAAGAUAAUGGCGAAACUAGAACUCCGCGAACGCUUUGAGGACGCGUUGCAAAUGUACGACCAGAUGAUCGUCAAAGACGAGUCCAACUCAUUGCUAUACAAACGCAAAAUCGCGAUACUAUUGGCCGAAAGGCGUGUCCCGGAAGCGAUCAAAGAGUUGUGCGAAUACCUCAAGAAGUUUAUGAACGACACGGAGGCGUGGCUUCAACUGUCGGACCUGUAUAUCGAGGAGCAGGAGUACAGUCGGGCGGCCUUCUGUGUGGAAGAGCUCAUUUUGGCCAAUCCUCACAACCACUUAUACCACGAGAGGUACGCCGCCAUCCAAUACACCAUCAAUACGGCCGACAGUCUAGAGUUGUCGCGUUCCUACUUCUCGCAGGCCUUACGCCUCAACCCAAACAACUUGCGCGCUCUCUAUGGCCUCCUAUUGUCGGCCAAUAGUGUGGCCGCUCUGCCGAAGACCACAUCACAGAAGAAGCGCGAGAAUCUCCGGUUAGCCAAUUGGGCGUCCACUCAGAUCACACAACUCUAUCGCCAGAGCUCUGACGACGAGAGCCGUAUCAACGCUAUGGAGGGAAUGUUAGCCAACUUACAGAUCACUCCAAACAGCACUUAAUAUAUUAAUUAAUCAUAUUUUAUAGUUUAUAAUAUUUCUAUUGUUUAAUUUUAUUUUUCUGAGUUAUUAAUGGAUUUAUUAUGAGUUUUAUUAUUAUUAUCACACGAUUUGUCCAUCAUUUCGGUGUAUUCUAUGAACUUUUCCACUGAUAUUAAUAUACGAGACAUAUAUGUAGACAA